GUAUAAAGUGAUAGUCACGGCGCCUUGAACAACCCCCUCACGACAAUCCGGCGCGCUGCUCCUUCAAUUGUUUUUUGGACAUUGUUGCAGUGUUGGCAGUAUGGCACGAACCUUGGGUCUCAAGGCCUUGAUUGGCCUCUUGACGCUGCACAAUGCUUCGGGUACCCCGGUCAACAAGAGACGUCCCGAUUACCCAACUGCGCCGCUGCAUUCUUCUCAAGUUCCGCGACUUGGUGCCGUGGCUUCUGAAACCGACAUCUGCAGCCGUAUUGGAACAGAUCUGUUGAAGGCAGGUGGAAAUGCGGCAGAUGCUCUGGUUGGUACCGUAGCAUGCAUUGGUGUCACUGGCAUGUAUCACUCUGGCCUGGGUGGAGGUGGCUUCAUGCUUGUCCGUUCAUCGAACGGCACUUAUGAAUUCAUUGACUUCCGCGAGACAGCCCCAGCCGCUGCUUCGGAGAACAUGUACAAGAACAACACCAAGGCCAGCGAAGAAGGCGGUCUCGCCUCUGGUGUCCCGGGUGAAGUCCGUGGUCUCCAAUAUCUCCAUGAACGCUAUGGCGUUCUCCCCUGGAAGACUGUCUUCGAGCCCGCCGUCAAGGUCGCCAGGGACGGCUGGAGGGUCAAUGAAGAUCUGGUCAGGUACAUGGCUUCUGCGACCAACAACUACGCAAACAACUUCCUUCUGAAUGACCCGCAGUUUGCCGUGGACUUUGCACCUCACGGCCGCCUUCUGACGCUCAACGAGACCAUUACACGAAAGCGCUAUGCCAACACGCUUGAAAUCAUCGGAAGCGAGGGCCCAGACGCCUUCUACAACGGCGGCAUCGCAUACUCCAUGAUCCGUGCUGUGCAGGCCUCCAACGGUAUCAUGACGCUUGAGGACCUGAAGAACUACAAGGUUGCCAUCCGCAAGCCCUCGACAAUCACCUACAGGGACUACAAGCUCACGGCCUGCAGUGCCCCCUCGGGCGGUGAAGUCGCCCUCACUGCCCUCAAGAUCAUGGAGGGCUACUCGGACGUCGGCAACCCAGCCAACCUCAACCUGACGACGCACCGCCUCGACGAAAGCAUGCGCUUUGCCUACGGCAUGCGCGCCGAACUCGGCGACCCGCUGUUCGUCAAGGGCAUGGACAAGUUCCAGGAGGAAAUGCUGUCCGAGGCGACCGCCGCCGAGAUCCGCAAGAAGAUCUUUGACAACAGCACCUUUGGCGUAUCCUACUACAACCCCACUGGCCUCGAGUCGCUCGAGACGCCCGGAACCAGCCACGUGGUAACUGCCGACGCGAGCGGCAUGGCCAUUUCGCUCACGACAACCGUCAACCUGCUCUUUGGCAGCAAGCUCGUCGUCCCCGAGACGGGCAUCAUCAUGAACAAUGAAAUGAACGACUUCAGCAUCCCCAACACGACAAACGCCUUUGGCUACAUCCCCAGUGCCGCAAACUUCAUCCGCCCCGGCAAGCGGCCCCUGUCGUCCAUCUCUCCCGUCAUCGUCGAGCACCUGCACGCGCCCAUCUCAAAGGCCUUUUACGUGGCCGUCGGUGCUGCAGGCGGCUCCCGCAUCAUCACUGCCACCAUUCAGAACCUGGUGCAUCUGCUCGACGGCAAGAUGACGACACACGAUGCCUUGGCCCAGCCCAGGUUCCACGACCAAUUGGUGCCGUCAACAGCGGCGUUUGAGUAUGCCUUUGACAAUGCCACGACGGCUUUUAUGACGCAAAUCGGUGCCAAUGUCACUUGGGUCGCGCCGGGAGGCAGCAGUGCGCAGGCUCUGCGGUUGUUGCCCAAUGGAACGUUUGAGGCGGCCGGUGAGCCCAGGCAGAAGAACAGCGGAGGUUUUGCUGUUUAACAAGGUGUGUGUUUAAUGGAUAACGUGUUUUACAAGCGAGCGCCGCGUACAAGCGAGCGCCGCACCCCACUAACUUUGUGCACCUCUCU